CUCCACACGCCGCACAGAUCGAUCCCAAACCGAUCGAGCGAAAAAUUUCCGAGAAAAAGAGGUCCCGGGUUGAAAUUUUGAGGCUGGAGGUCCUGGGGCCGAGUCCAGAUUGCGCUGCUAUGGGGUUUUUCUUCUACCCACCUCAUAGAUUCUCCUAGAGGAACUUGGAUCAUUUUAGUUGAAACCUCUUGCAUGAGUUUCUAGCAAAGGCAAGUCUUAGUAAAAUGGAUGAGAAUGGUUUAAUCUCUUCUGAUAAUGGAGAAGUUUCUUCCGAUAAUGUGAAAGAGCAACCUAGGAAUGUGUACAUAUGGGACAUGGAUGAGACACUCAUAUUGUUGAGGUCUCUGUUGGAUGGGUCCUAUGCUGGAGCUUUUCAUGGCUUGAAGGACACUAGAAAGGGUGUUGAAAUUGGAAAGCAGUGGGAGAACCAUAUUCUUCAAAUUUGUGACGAUUACUUCUUCUAUGAGGAGAUUGAGAACUACAAUGAGCCCUUUCUCAAUUCUUUGACUGAAUAUGAUGAUGGAAGAGACUUGUCGAUUUAUGACUUUGAAAAUGACGGCUUUACUUCUCCUUUUGAUGAUUCCAAUGAAAGGAAGCUUGCUUACCGUCACCGUUCUAUUGCAGAGAAAUAUGCUAAGGGUGUGCAUGAUUUUCUUGACCAACAAACAAUAAAAAGCUGGAAUGAUUUGUACAGCUCUACUGACAGUUAUACUGAUGGUUGGCUUUCUUCAGCGCACGCUUUAUUGGAGGAAGUUGUGGAGAAGAAUAAGGUUCCAACCGGAAAUGGCCCUGUAUCGGCUGGAUCGAAAAGCCAAAAUAUUAACGUCCUAGUUACAUCGGGAUCAUUAAUUCCCAGUCUUGCGAAGUGCUUGCUUUACCGCCUGGAUGAUGUAAUACCUUGUGAUAAUCUUUACAGCUCUUGGGAAGUGGGGAAGCUGCAGUGCUUCAGGUGGAUCAAGGCGCGCUUCGACGGCCCAAAAGUCCGGUUCUGUGUGAUCGGAGACGGGCUCGAAGAAUGUGAAGCCGCACGAUUGAUGAAUUGGCCGUUCGUCAAAGUAGAUUUUCGGCCCAAUGGAAUUCAUAGGUUUCCGGGCCUAGACAUGAGGACAAUUCAGAGCUACAUCGAUGUGGUAUACGGGUCGCCACCACAAGUUGAAGCCGAAAGCUAUGAAGGUUGAAACCGAACGUAAAGCUACCGAACUCUGUUGUGCUGUUGCCUUUAUCGGCCAUGUAUAUAGUACUUGUUGUGCUUUUGAAAACAUUCUCUUGAAGGAAUUGUAGGUUAAGAUGGUGGUUUGUUUUUUUUUCCCCCUUAUAUUUUUCUGCUAUUUUUUCAGGUACAAAUCAAGCUUAGUUUUGCAAGUGUAUGCUCUUUUAUUAACCUCAAAAAACUCAAAUCUGCAGCUGUAGCAGUUAAUGAGCUAUAUGUAACUGUAUGUGCAUUUUUCCCAUGAACCUGUGGUUUCCUUUUUCCCCUU